ACAGAGAGAGAGAGAGAGAGAUACAGGGAGGGAUGCUGAGGGACUAAGGCUCGCGCAGUCUCCCUGCUCUCCGCGCGCCUGACCGGACGUGCGUGGUGCGCGUGCGCUGCUGUGGGCGGAGCGGCGCGAGUGGAGCGGAGACACGGCGCGCGCGGGACACGGAGCCCAUCAUGAUGAAGAUGAUGUUGGUGAGUGGAGGCUCUGUCGUCAACGCGGAGGCGGUAUGGGAUCAUGUGACCAUGGCGGACCGCGAGUUGGCCUUCAAGGCCGGCGAUGUCAUCAAAGUCCUGGACGCAUCCAACAGGGACUGGUGGUGGGGGCAGAUUGACGAUGAGGAGGGCUGGUUCCCUGCAAGCUUCGUCAGGGUGGACCCCAGCUCCACCCAGGCUCCAACCAAGCAGCAGCUUUUUUACAUCAACCCCGUCGUCGUCCCACGCUGCACAAACGCCCCGGCAAAGCUGUGGGCGAAUCAGGAGGAGAGUGCAGCGGUGGAGCCAGCAGAGGGAAGCAGUGAGGUGCAGAACGGUCAUGCUGAGGCCAGUCCCAACCCCAGCACAGACUGCCUCUGCCUGGGUCAGCCUGCACAAAACAGAGACCAGAUGAGAGCCAACGUCAUUAAUGAAAUAAUGAGCACAGAAAGACACUACAUCAAACACCUGAAGGACAUCUGUGAGGGGUAUCUGAAGCAGUGCAAAAAGAGGAGAGACAUGUUUAAUGAUGAUCAGCUGAAGGUGAUUUUUGGGAAUAUUGAGGAUAUUUACAGAUUCCAGCUGGGAUUCGUCAGAGAUCUGGAGAAGCAGUUUAACACAGAAGAGCCUCAUCUCAGUGAAAUUGGACCAUGCUUUCUGGAACAUCAAGACGGGUUCUGGAUCUAUUCUGAGUACUGUAAUAAUCAUGUUGAUGCGUGUAUGGAGUUGACGCGUCUGAUGCGAGAUGGGCGGUACCAGCACUUUUUCGAAGCGUGCCGAUUGGUCCAGCAGAUGAUUGACAUCGCUAUUGACGGCUUCCUGCUCACACCAGUGCAGAAAAUCUGCAAAUAUCCACUACAGCUGGCUGAGCUGCUAAAAUAUACUGUACAGGAGCACAGUGAUUACCGGUACGUUGCUGCUGCGUUGGCCGUUAUGAGAAACGUAACUCAGCAGAUUAAUGAACGGAAGCGGAGGCUCGAGAACAUCGACAAAAUUGCCCAAUGGCAGGCCUCCGUUUUGGACUGGGAGGGCGAGGAUGUCCUGGAUAGAAGCUCAGAGCUGGUGUACACUGGAGAAUUGUCCUGGAUCUAUCAGCCCUACGGCCGCAGCCAAACUAGAGUCUUCUUCCUAUUUGACCACCAGAUGGUCAUCUGCAAGAAGGACCUGAUCCGGCGUGACAUUCUUUACUACAAGGGCCGGAUCGACAUGGACCGUUACGAGGUUGUGGAUGCGCUCGAUGGCCGAGACGAUGAUUUUAAUGUCAGCGUGAAAAACGCUUUCAAACUGAGCAACAGGGACUCGGACGAGAUCCACAUAUUUAUCGCCAAGAAGCUGGAGGAGAAGAUCCGCUGGCUGCGAGCGUUCCACGAAGAACGCAAAAUGGUCCAGGAGGACGAAAAGAUCGGUUUUGAAAUCUCGGAGUAUCAGAAGAGACAGGCGGCUCUAACAGUCAGGAGAGUCACCAAGCAGAAAGGUGUUGGUCGGUCAGCUCCCCCCGCCUACCCCCCUCCUCAGGACCCGAUGAACCCGGGUCAGUACCUCCUGCCGGACGGGUACGGGCAGGCGGAUGGAUACGAGUACGGACCCAAACGCAGCACAUCUCCAUUCUGGCAGAACAUCAGCCGGUUAGCCCCUUUUAAGAAAUAACAGUACGAGCCAGCGCUGACCCGGAGAGAGAAAACACAGACUGCUGUAUUUUUCUGGAGCAAAACAAAACAAACAAACAAUCGAAGGAACUCACAAUAAACAAACAAACAAAGAAAAAAACAACAGAGGAAGAAGAAGCACUAUCCUACACGCGGUGGAGAGGAAGGCCUGGCGUUUUCAGGAGGAGAGAGAGACUCUGCAGGAGAGGGGCUGCUUUCGUCCUGAGCUUUUGAAGCCCCCUGCUGGGCUGACUGCACUGAACAAUAUAUAUUACAUCCUUCACUAUGGAGAAACUCACACACACACACACACACACAAUCUCUAGUUGAGGCAUAUAUCGCACUACCCACACACACACACACCAACACUCUGUUUGAGACAUUUACCAAACACACACACACAAACACACACUGUAACCUCGUAAAACAGACACAGUUAUACACGAUAUUCCAUAACAGUUAUAUACACUCUUGUGCAUCCUUUUGGAAACCAAUCCACAACACAACUUCACCCCCUUCUCCUCACCACCUUUUCCUCCAGUGGGAUUUUAGAGAAUUAAAAUCGACUCAGUGUUUGUUCCCUUUCUCUUCAAACGAGCGAAGAAGCGUUUUCACCUUUUAAACGACAAACAAACAGCAACAAAAAAAAACAAACAGAAAGAAACCUGACAAAGCACUAAACUACUACAGACGACUCUCUGCUCUCUAGCGCCGCCCUGGUGUUCCUCCGUGCACUGUGACUAUUCGGGGCAUUUCUUUCCCUCUCUCUUUUGUUCACUCUCUCUCUUUCUCUCGUUUUAUUCCCUCUCACUCUCACACUCUUCUUCUGUGUCGUCUCAGCUUUUAAAGCCUGGUCAAUCCUGCCGUGUUUCAGAUUUACAGCUUUUUUGUUUGUUUGUUUUUUAGUUGUUUUAUUUCAGUGGGUCGGUUCUGCUGCAUUGUUUUGGUUCCGUUCUGCAUGAAAGUACUACACACAAAAUCAAGUCCAUGGCAGGUAUUUUUUUAUAUGUGCAAUUAUAUUCUUACGGGUCAGAGUCAUGUAAAAAAAAGAAAACAAAACAAAAACAAACAAGAAGAAGAAGAGAAAGGAAGAACAGCAUCAGCAACUGCAAAAUAAACGUCACGAGAUCCUUAACGCCGGACACGCUCAGCGGGGCAUCCUGUGUGUCAAUAUAACUGAAUUGUUUCAGUAACUGCAUUGAAACAAAACAGUGUGAAUGCGCUCCCUUCUGCUCCGCACAGCACAGCAUUUUAAAUUCUAAAAAACUUUUUUCUGACUGAUGGUGAAGUGACUGUCUAAUUAGCUGAACUUUGAAUAAUUUAUAUUAUUACUGUAUUUUAGAAAUCCAGUCAGGUUUUCCAAGAAGCAUCUUUCUUGAAGGGUCGAGCGAGCUUCACACUGAGCACUCUCUCUCUACUAGUGAACAUAAACUAAAGAUUGAUGUUCUUUUGGGACAACUGAACCCUAAUUAAUGAAUUAGAUAAUUAGUCAUUUUUGACUGAUAUGCAUUUUUAAUCAAUGCAGACUUUGAUCUGAUUUGUCUAUUUAGACAAGUGUUAAUUAGUUACCUCAGUAAAAUCUUAAAUAAAAGUGAUUUUUAAGAUUGCAUUGAAUUAAACUUGAAUGAAUUAGCUUAGGUAUUUCUAAAUGAUAAAUAUUUCUAAUUGACCACAAAUUUGUACCCACAUUUUGAUCCAGUUUGAUUAGCCAAUUAGCCAAAUGUUUAUUAGAUAAAAGUUAAAUUAGUUUAAUGUUAUUUAAAUUAGCUAAUUAAUUUAUUCAUUAAACAAUUGGUAUUGCUUUGACCUACAAACGUUGAAUCAUUUAGUAAAAUAUUGAUUACAUUCUUCAUCAAAUUAAUCAAAUGAGUGAAUUAGUUUUUUGUACUUAACAUGCAUUUCUAAUUGAUAUUGAAUUGCCUACACAGAAUUUGUCUGAUUAUUUAAAUGCUAGUUAAUUUGUUUCAAUAAUCUAAUUAGUUAAAGUAAUUGGUUUUUUGAAACCGAUAUUAGUCACAUAGACUUUUGAUCCAUUUUGAUUGUCUAAUAAGCAAAACGCUACUUAAUUUAUUCAAAUAAUUAAUUAGUUAGUUUCAGUUAUUAUUAAUCAUUUCGUUUUUUGUGCCAAUUCUUAUAAUGUUCCCUAAUAUUGUGCCAAAAUAGUCUGGUUGCCAAAUUUUUGCCCACAAACAGCACGAUGCCAGAUCCCUUCGAGACGGAACCCAGGUCUGCGUCUUUCUCAGGCGACAUUUUUGGUCGGAAAACUUGCGCUGGCGCUGCUGCUGUUAGCGCUGCUGCCGUUAGCACGUUAGGGUUUGAGUUUCUUUUUUUCCUUGUUGUUUUAUCCUCACUGAAGGGACUUGUGCAAGGUUGAUUUACGGUAAUAUUCAGAUUUUGUCUGAUAUCUUUUGAAAGAUAGUAUUUAGUCCAAAUCACAAUAUUUAAAGUAUUAAUAUAAAGCAUUAUUUAUUCUAUUAUAAUAUGUGAUAUUUUAUUUUCCACUUUGAUGCUCUUUCUGCAUUUUGGAGUUGGUCGAGGAACCUGAGCGGAUUACCUCUGAUUUAGGAGUCGACAAUGAGAAGGAGAAAGAACUGACUUUUUUUGAAGAGGGGAAAAAACACAACAACGUGACAAAAUGCCUCACUAAGAGAACUGUGGAAGAAGUUCUGUUGCACCAUAUGUACUAAGUGCCAUAUGAAAAAUAUGUUAGGGUAUGAAGGAAAAUAUCAGUUUAAUGUUUUAAUUUGGUGAUCUGAUUGACAUGAUAUCAUUAUUUCAUAAUAAACUUCGUUAUGAACACCACAAAGCUGAA